AUGGCAUUGCGAGCGCUGAUCAUCGACACAGACGAUUUAUAUCCGAUUGUGAUCGCAAGUGAUCUGUGCCAAAUACAUGACACACCACGUUACAUAUUCAUGGCGCUGGUCACGGUGCUCUUCCUGUGCACCUUUGUGGGCAACGUGAGCGCCCUGUAUGUGAACAUCAGACGCAAGCUGCGGCCUUUUUUUCGUGCCUGCCUCAUCUCGCUGGCCUGCAGCGAUCUGAUCUACUGUGUCAACUUUACCACCUCCAACAUUGCCAUGUUCAAUGCGGAAUAUCUGGAGUAUUGGAUUCUUGGCCCGUUCAUGUGCAAUUGUGUGCCGUUUGUCAACACAACAACUGUACUGUGCAGCAGUUUUAUGCUGGUGGCCAUUGCCCUGGAUCGUUAUAUGGCCAUAAGACGUGCUGCGAUUGGCAUUUGGAAUCCAGGCUUAGUUUUCUGCGCCGUCUGCAUCGCUGGCAUUUGGCUAGCCUGCAUGGCCGCCGCGGUGCCUCUCUUCUUCAUCUAUACCCCGAUCCAGGUCUAUAUACAGAGCACGGAUGAGCUGCUAAUUAGCGAACUGGACCAGGCUACUAUGUGCGUGGGCAGAAGGCUAAUUAAUUUCAGGAAUUCCAUAAGCCCAUUCACACAUAUCCGUUAUCUUGAGCUGCGUACUAGCCCUUACAUGCUGUUGACAUGUGUUUACUAUCUUAUCGGGCAAACAAUUUGCAUUUCUGUUCAUGUGUUUGCACAGACCCAAAUUGGAAUCUAUAAUAGUGUAUCGCUCAGUCUUGUCUUUGUGCCCUGCAUUGUGGCGUUCGUUUUUCUCAAUGCGACCAUUGCGCGGCAGCUGUGGCAGCGACGUCACCAGCAGCGCAACCUGCAGCAGCAGCAGAAGGAGCAGGAGCAGCAGCAGGAGCAGCCGCGAUUUGUGCACCUGCUGAGCAAGCCGGAGACCACCUAUGCCAUGAUGACUGCCUUCAGUGUGGCUGCCUCCUUUGACAUGAGCACUGCGCAGUUGACGGGGCUGCCGCCGCCGCUGCCGCCGCCGCCGCUGCCAGAGAAGCUGAGUCCCGCGGCAGCGGCACGUGUGGCACGCCAUCGCCGCAUGGUGCGCGUGGUGCUGCUGAUGAUGGGCGCGUUUAUAUGCCUGCGUCUGCCCGCCUGGACCUUUCUGCUGAUGCGAGUGUAUGGCUCCUUCUCCUCGCCUGUGUCCUGGCUGUUCUACUUUAGCUUUGGCCUGCUCAACUUGACCAGUUGUGCACUGAAUCCGCUGUUCUACACCUUUCUGCCGCAGACCAUGCGAGUGCUGUCCAAGCUCAAGCGUGCGCUAAGCCGGCUGCUCUGCUGUCGGCGGGCAUCCAAGUUGGAGUCGGACGCGACUAUGCCCCAGGAAACUGCCGAGCGAGCCAGGCGCUGUCUCUGCUGUGGCCUGCAGGUCACCUGGCGCUGCCAUCUGAAGUCCCCACCGGCAGCAGCCGGAAGCAUCGCAACCCAGACUGUGCCAGUUAUCGAAGCGCCCUCCGCUGCCAGCAGCCUGCCACCGGUUGGUGACUGUAAGGACGACUACAAGGACCUCGUCAUCUACAAUGAGAACUCGCUGCAGACAACUGCUUCAAUGAAAUCCUACCGCUGAAAGUGCGUCAUAAUUCAUUCAUCGCCUGAUUGCAAUCAUGGAAUUUUUUUUUAUUUUUGUUGACUGCGCUGAUCAGUGUCACAGUUCACGCGAUUACUGAUAGGCUUCAACCUGAAUUUGUCUUUGACUUUUACAUAUAGAUAUAUAUUUUAUAUAUAG